AUGGCCAUGGCCUACAUAGGCCAGCAUAGCUGUAUCAACCUCAGCAGAACAGAGGCUACACCGCACCAAUGCCCAGCUGGUCAUCCGAACGGAGAAUACAUCUACUUGCCGCUCCCAGUGGUAGACACGAAGGUCUUCAUCGCUAUGCACCACCUGCAGAUUAGAACUGCUAGCGGUGCUUCGGGGACAGCUGAGUUAAAGACAAUGCAAGCAUCCACUGUGGUUAAGAUGAAUUGUUCGGAUUUCAUCGCCUAG